AUGAAGAUCUAUAAAUCAUUUGCAUUUGAUUAAAAUAUUCCCUAGUCAGAUUAUGAGAAAUAUAUAAAUCCUGACGAUCUGUUAAAUGAGAGUUUCGAGGAAUUAAAGGGAGAGUUCAAAAAUUAUAGAACAAAAAAGGGAAGAGACAUUAUUAAACAAGAGAUGGAAAUGAGAAAAUAAUCGCAAAUGAAAAGGAAAAAAAAUUAAUCUGGGUUGGUUGUCUAACAGAAAAAACAUGAAGAUCACGAUAAUUAAAAAGAUGUGCUCGGAAAUAUUGGUUUCCUGAUUCGGUAGUAAGAGAGGAAGUGCAAAUAAAUUAAAAAGGAAACAUGCAGCAAACUUUGGUUAGGAUUAUACAAUGAUGAAACAGAAAAUCCAGUAAUUUAUUUAUGGGGACAAUUUAGGAAGACAGAUGUGACAAAAUAACCAAUAUUCAGUUAAGAAGACUUUGCUAAGUUGAUUCAAAGGGAGGAUGAGGAUGAGUUGAUUUAAACAUAAAUAAGGACUAUGCAUAAACCUAGAGAGUGUUUUAAGACUAGAUUUAUUGAGAAGCAAAUACCAUUGUAUAAAAAUAUGGAGUAGUCUUCUGAAAUUGAUUCAAAAAAAUAGGUGGAUAGCAAAAUAUUAACAAAAUCAAAUAAAACUAUCAAACAAUUUGGUCUUUAAUAAUCUCGAGAAUCCCCUUCAAAUGCAAUGUUUGAUGGGGAGGCUAAACGUAUCUCGAAAUCGUAUCUCUAUAAGACUUGGUUUAAAGGAGAGGAUAUGUAAAACAAGAAAUACAAAAAGCCAAGAAGAACAGAAUCAUAUCAUAAGGCGGCUGCAUAAAGAGAGGAAAUAAAAAGCCAGUUAAAAGAAAGAGCAUAGGUUGCAUUCAAACGGUAUGAAAGUAUGGGAAAGACAUGGGAAAAAUUUGGGGUAUUUUCAUAGGAUAUUCUGGAUUUUAGAAUGUAGACUUUAAAGGAGGCUAAAAUCUAAAGAUUAUUACUUGAGCAAUAGGAGCACGAUCUUAAUAAAGUCGAAUAGAAUGAACAGAGAGAAUCUGACAUGCUCACUCGAUUAGUGAAGGUGAUCACUAAACCUAAUUCCGAUAACAAAGAAGAAGUCAAAACAAACUUUGAGUAUCACGAACAAAGACUGAAGGAUAUGAGAACGAGGACUAGAUAAAUUUAGAGAGCUGGAUUUUGA